AAAAAUUAAAUAUUAUAAAAAAAAAAAAAGCAAAACAAAAAGACUAUUAUUAUAUUUAUAUUCUCUCUCUACAAAUAGGCCACCUUCCUCUUCUCAACAAUUUUCCCUUUCCUUUCUCUCUCUUACAUUUUCUCUCUCUUCAACCAACGAACCCCGUCCCUUCCAACCAUCCACACCUCUCUUUCUCUCUUCAUUCUUUCACUUUCUCUCUUUCUCUUCAAUGAGAGAUUAGCUCGCAGUGCAGAAGAUGGGCAAGUACAUGAGGAAAGCCAAGGCAGCAAGCGAGGUGGCAGUCAUGGAGGUUUCACAAGCUUCUCUCGGGGUUCGUACUCGAGCAAAGACUCUAGCUUUACAGAGACUUCAGAAGUCUCCGCCCGUCUCCAAGUCCCCAAGGUCACCCUCUUCGGCUACUACUAGUUCAACCUCUUACAUACAGCUCAGGAGUCGCCGUUUAGUCAAGCCGCCGCCGCCGCCGCCUCAGCCGAUUGUCACGACGAGUAGUAAAUUGGGUUUCGUGCGAAACCCUAACAGAGCGAGUUCGAGUCUCGUUCCGCUUUCUUCUGGGUCUCCUGGGUCUGGUGAUGGUGGUGGUGAUGACGUGGCGGAGAAGAAGAAGAAGAAGCAGAAGAAGGAGGAAGAGGAGAUUAAGGAAAUUGUGGGUAACGAUUAUGAUGAUGAUGAUGAUGAUGAACAGGUUCAAGGAAUCGAUAAUGGUGAUUUGGGUAUUGAAGAAGCUUCAUUUGGAGAAAAUGUGUUGGAAUUUGAGGGUAGAGAAAGGAGCACAAGAGAAUCUACUCCUUCGAAUCUGAUAAGGGAUCCAGAUAUAAUCAGAACACCUGGCUCUACUACCAAGCAAACUAACUCAGCCGAAACUACUAACAGGAGAACACAGAACUCGUCUCAGAGACACAUACCAACAGCACAUGAAAUGGAUGAGUUUUUUGCUGGCGCCGAAGUGGAACAGCAAAAACAAUUCAUUGACAAGUACAAUUUCGAUCCUGUGAAUGAAAAACCGCUCCCUGGACGUUACAGUUGGGAGAAAGUAGUUUCCUAGAAGACAUUAAAGCAUGUCCCAUCUGGGCUAUCCUUUCCUGCAUAUUUUGGUUGAAUCUUGAUCUUAGAAGAUUUUAGACUUAGCAGGAACUUAGUUUUUUUUCUCUUUUUUUAGUUGUAAAGGUAGAUGGUAUUAUUUCCAUUUUCCAUCAACCUUUUCUUUUUUCUUUUUUUUACUUGUAAAGAAUUAGGAGUAUCAAAGAUGUUGUAGACUUAGACUAGACUAAUGGUCUGUAACAUAAUACAAAUCACAAGUCCUUUGUCUAACAGAUCAUCUUCAUCAUCAUCAUCAAGAGGGGAAAAUCAAGAAGAAGAAGAAGGAGAAAAAGGGUAUGAAGUUUUUAGUGUUAUUAGGUUUAGUGUUCAGUCAGUUAGGUUCACUAAUGUAUCUGGUACAGAUAAAAAAACAAGACUUUAUUUACUAGAUUUUGAGUUUCUUUUUGUACUGUAUUUAACUCCUCCUCUUCUUUGUCCAUAACUUGUUGUACUAAUGGGAACUUUAGGAAAGAAAAUAAACAUACCCCAUUUCCCCCUCUCUUGACA